GCGGGAAGGAGCAUGGCUUGGAAGCUGUUCUUGAUACCCACAGUGCCUUUGACGCCCCCGGCCUCCCAAUCCCCGGCGAAGCCCCCAUUAGAGGCGUUAAAGGUCAAAAGAAAAGGAUAUACAUCGCUUCUGCUCGAAAAGAUGCGGGCGCCUGAUGGUAGUUACGAGGAGAGCUUUAGUAUUCCCGGUGUGGAAGAGUUACCUCGACCAUCAGAAAUGAGGGUCAAUCUGCAACGUGAUAACCCACUUAGUCUUCAUGAAGAUAAUCCGUGGAAAGAAUGGUUCACUGCAGUAGAACUACGAAAGACAAUCCGCCAAGAUGUUGAAAGGACAUUUCCUGACCAUGACUACUUUCGAGAUUCAGACGUGCAAGCACAACUUACGCACAUCUUAUACGUAUACUCAGUGACACAUCCCGACAUUGGCUAUCGACAGGGCAUGCACGAGCUCCUUGCACCAUUAUUUCAUGCAGUCGAUUAUGAUUCUUUACUCCCAGCCGAAAAUGAGGAUCCCGGCAUCAUAGAGUUCUGCUCGCGUACGUGGGUCGCAGCAGAUGCAUGGACGCUUUUCGAUGUAGUCAUGGACGGCAUGAGGUCUUGGUACGAAUGGCGAGAACCGACACCACCUCCUAUGCCAGCAGCUUUGCAGACACAGUAUCGCCAUGGCCCUCCAGAAGGUCAAUUAGAGUUGAAACCUUACGUGGCUCCUAUCGUUAUUGCAUGCCAGAAACUGCAAUCACAGAUGCUUAGGGCUGCUGAUCCCCAGUUAUGGCAAGGAAUGCAAAAAGCUGGUGUAGAACCGCAGAUAUACGGAAUACGCUGGCUUAGGCUUUUGUUCACAAGAGAGUUCAGUCUUCCAGAUGCAAUGAUGCUUUGGGACGGAAUCUUUUCCUGCGAUGGAUCCUUUGAAUUAGUCCCGUGGAUAUGUGUCGCAAUGUUGAUCCGAAUAAGGAAUCAAUUAAUUCCCGCCGAGUACAGUGUCCAGCUCACCUUCCUUCUACGUUAUCCAUCGCCCCCAUCAGACAUCGAUCCGUCUUGCCCUAAUCCCGCCAUACUCCUCCUUCGUCAAGCUUUCGCUCUGUACACUGCUCCAAAUCCAUCAACGGGAGCCUCGAUAGCGAUUGAGAACAGGAACCUGCUGAACAUUCCAUUAGACGUGCCUGAACCUCUACGGUCACCCAUCCGAACAAGGCCGCCACCAACGAGGCCGCGGUCAAGCACGGAUGCGCAUAAAGCUGGCCCGAGCAAAGUUCCUCAAGGACAACAUCGUCCUGUGCCGCAAUCCCAGUCAUUACAGAUGGGCUUCCCGGAACUUCUUGCGCGAGGUCUGUUUGAGAGGGGAGAAAGUCUCGGGAUAAACAAGACAGUAAUGAAUGCUGUAUCGGAGAUACGCAAAAAUAUUCCCGAUCUAACGAGCCAAUUAAUGCGAUCACCAUCAGUCGAAAACGUCAACAACAGUUCCUUCCCUCUCAUCACCGAGCACCCUCCUGAAGAACGACCACCAUGGGAGCAUCGAUCGCGCUUCGAGAUGGAGAAGGACGUUGCUGAUUUACGUGCGUUUCAGAAAAUGUUGGGCGACGCAGUUGGCAUUGCUGUCGAUGCACUCCUUUUAGAUGAAGGCUCAGACCGAGACGCAGAUGAGCUCAAACGGAUUAGAAAUCGAAAACGCGAAGCUAUCGAGAGCCUUGCGCAUGUUCGUGACCUAUUGAAAGCUACGACUAGUGAUAUAGACGAGGAACGGCUUUACGGAGAGGAAGAAUACAAGCGACGAAAACGAACACCACCUCCACAAGCUAAUGAAAUCAAGCAAUCAGCUUCACCUCCGCCACGUCCUCCUGAACCUGCUGCAGCUGCACGUCUAUCCUUGGAGCAUCGUAGACAAAGGUCUUCACCGUCACCGAGGACUUCCCCGUCCGUCCCUAUAGCAUCAUUACCGCGUACUCCAGCAAUUAUCCAACAACAAAGGGAUCCAACACCCAUAAAUCGUACACUGCAAGCUGCGACUCUUCCUCGACAAAGAAGCGGUUCUUCCACAUCCAACCCAAAUCCGACACCAGAAUCAGACCAACCCUACCGAGCACCUUGGAAUUACACGAGAUCGAACUUCUCAACACCAUCUGUAGAUACUGCGGUGUUACCUCGACUACCGCCUAGAUCGUCCCGUUCUCCAGUAUCCUUACACUCUGAUUCUUCGACGUAUCCGACGAACCAAGUACCUGCCCGGCAGGUCAGGAAAGCGAGUAACGACCCGUUGGGGGCGAUACCGUCAUAG